AUGGAAUUGGAAUUAACAAAAUCAUUUGGGGUUUGUGUCCGACAACAAACAUUUGAUACUUUUCAAUCUGGAAUUGCAACCAACCUAAAUUUAGGAUGUGCAACCAUUUUAUUUUGCAAACGUGGCCUUCUUAAAUUUAGUUUAAUAUUAGCAAGUUCUUCCAAGAUAAAAGUCUUGUGUCUUAUAUCUUGUGACUAG